AUGGAUAGGGAAAAGGAAACAAAGGAAUCAAAAUUCAGGAGAGUAUGUGUGUUCUAUGGGAGUAGCCCAGGAAAGAAGAGCAGCUAUAAGGAUGCUGCUAUUGAGCUUGGUACAGAAUUGGUAUAUUGUUUGAAUCCUUCUGAUCUAAAUAUCGAUCUAGGGCUCACGGUUUUGAAAGUGUUCCCAUAUCCAAUUACUAUAACCAGCGUUCAGUUUGCCGUUGGGACUAUACUUGUUCUUUUCAUGUGGACAUCUAAUCUCUACAGACGGCCAAAAAUUAGUGGUGCACAGCUUGUAGCAAUUCUCCCAUUAGCAGUGGUGCACACCUCAGGCAACCUUUUCACAAACAUGAGUAUUGGAAAAGUUGCUGUUUCAUUCACUCACACAAUUAAAGCCAUGGAGCCCUUCUUCUCAGUUGUCCUCUCUGCUAUGUUUUUAGGGGAGAUACCCACCUUGUGGGUGGUUGCUUCUCUGUUACCAAUUGUUGGUGGAGUGGGACUGGCGUCAAUGACAGAGGCAUCUUUUAAUUGGCCUGGGUUUUGGAGUGCAAUGGCUUCUAAUUUGACCAACCAAUCUCGUAAUGUCCUUAGCAAAAAGUUUAUGGUCAAGAAAGAGGAAUCUUUGGAUAACAUUACUCUCUUCUCAAUUAUAACAAUUAUGUCCUUCUUGUUGACUCCAUUUACUCUUUUCAUGGAAGGAGUCAAGGUCACCCCUGCAUACCUACAAUCUGCUGGGUUGAAUGUCAGACAGCUUUACAUUAGAUCUCUCCUUGCUGCACUCUGCUUCCAUGCAUAUCAACAGGUUUCUUAUAUGAUAUUGCAGAGGGUAUCCCCAGUCACCCACUCUGUGGGUAAUUGUGUGAAGCGGGUGGUGGUUAUUGUGACCUCUGUUCUCUUCUUCCGAACACCUGUUUCACCUAUCAACUCUAUGGGCACUGGAGUAGCCCUAGCUGGAGUGUUCCUGUAUUCGAGGGUGAAGCGCAUAAAACCAAAGCCGAAGGCAGCUUGAAGUUCUUUUGUUGAGAAUUUUUGCUGGUAACUUGGGGGUUUAGAUGAGAAAAUAGACAUUAUGACAUUCAAUGUUUUUUUUAUUUUUUAUUUUAUUUUGAAAUGGUAUCAUUCUUUUACUAGGUCCCCAAAAUUUUACUGGUUGCAAAUGUACGUGAUGAUCUGGGAAAACCAUUUCAUGUUGUGUUUUGUUUUUUUGGAUUAGCAUUUGUCCAGUUAUGCUGUGUUUGGUUGGGAGAUUUGAGCAGUGAUUUGGAAAGGAAAAAGGAAAAGUUAGGUAAAAUGCGAUCCUCUCUCAUUUGAAAGUGGAACCUUGGAUCAUCUCCUUUGGUCUGUAAUAAUAUCAUACAUGCCAUUUGCCAAAAUUUGGCCAGAGUUCAACAGGAAAGCACUCCAACAAAGCUCUUCAACAGUUGCUAUA